ACGAGAGGAGCAGCUAGAACAACCGGCCGACGCGGCGGGAGAGAGAGAGAGAGAGAGAGAGAGAGAGAGAGAGAGGGAGGGAGCCGAGCUGCACAAGCGGGUGUGACGCGGCGGUGGGCAUGGCGGGCCGGGCAGCGGGGCGGGGCGGGAGGCCGCUGCUGGGCGGCGGCGGGGGUGGGAAGCGGGGCGGGAGGCCGUCGACGGCGAUCGUGGCGGCUCUGCUGCUGGCGUGCGCAGCGCUGCUCCUCCUACUGGCGCUCGGCGCGCUCUCGCUGCCCGGGGCCUCCGACGGCGCCGGCCGCGGCGCGGGGCUGGCGCGCCCGCGACCACGCUUCCGCAGAUCCGCGUUCGGGUCGGGGCUGAAGAUGCGCGGGGAGAAGGGGGAGCCAUGGACGGAGGUGCUGUCCUGGGAGCCCCGCGCGUUCGUGUACCACAACUUCCUCUCCAAGGAAGAAUGUGAGUAUUUGAUUUCGCUGGCAAAGCCUCACAUGAAGAAGUCGACAGUAGUUGAUUCAUCAACUGGAGGGAGCCAGGAUAGCAGGGUGCGGACAAGUUCAGGAAUGUUUCUUAGAAGAGGGCAGGACAAAAUUAUUCGUACAAUCGAGAAAAGGAUAGCAGAUUACACCUUCAUACCUGUAGAGCAUGGAGAGGGUCUUCAAGUUCUUCACUAUGAAGCUGGACAGAAGUAUGAACCUCACUUUGAUUACUUCCAUGAUGAUGUCAACACCAAAAAUGGAGGCCAGCGUAUAGCAACUCUUCUUAUGUAUCUUUCGGAUGUUGAAGAGGGUGGUGAGACUGUGUUCCCUUCGGCAACAGUUAACAGCAGCUCGUCACCAUUUUAUAAUGAGCUGUCUGAAUGUGCAAAGAGGGGUCUAUCUGUCAAACCAAAGAUGGGAGAUGCAUUGCUUUUCUGGAGCAUGAAGCCUGAAGGAGCUCUGGAUCCCACAAGCCUGCAUGGUGGGUGUCCAGUGAUAAAAGGCAACAAAUGGUCGUCCACAAAGUGGAUGCGUGUUCAUGAGUACAAAAUAUAGAUAUGAAGAAACACAGAUUUGAGGUUAUGCGUUGGUUCUAAUUUGCGGACAUUUUAGCACAUCUUGAGGGCUUCAAUUUUCUACAGAGGAUAAUUACAGUUUUUUUUCUCUCUAGCUGUUACCAAGGCUUCUUUUAGUAACUAUGUUGUACAUUAACAUGUUAGGCUUACGAAACAUGAUCAUUCAGAGGAGAUGGACGCGUUGAGUGUAUAAAACUGCCAUUUCGCUUCUUAUUCGGAUCAAGAUAGGAUGCCUGAUAGACUGAUUAGUGAAAAGAGCAAUUUUUUUUUA